GAUUUCGCGAGGUCGCCCUAACGUUAAUUUUUUUUUACAGACUUUCGUGCAAAAAUGCGUCAAAUAAGCUUAAUUUCAUCAAAAUCGGAAGUAUUUUAAAGAAUUACCUGUAAUUUUUAUAAUGUAGAAUAAAUUUUCGAAAAUAUGAAUCGUGUCGCCCCAAGUAAAUCAACUGUUUAUAUGUCAAACUUACCGUUCUCAUUCACUAACAAUGAUAUACAUCAGCUGCUGGAAGCUUACGGCAAAAUUGUUAAAGUAACGAUAUUGAAAGACAAGGUAACACGUCGUAGUCGCGGUGUUGCUUUUGUGCAAUUUCUUAGAAUGGACGAAGCCGUGUCUUGUGCAAAACGUCUCAAUAACACAGAGAUAUAUGGUCGCACUGUAAAAAGUUCAAUAGCAAUUGACAAUGGUCGCAGCACUGAAUUCAUACAUCGUAGGGAUUAUCCUGACAAAUCGCAGUGCUAUGAAUGUGGACAAAAAGGACAUUUGUCGUAUCGCUGCAGCAACAACAUACUUGGUCCUAGAGAACCACCAGCGAAGAAAGUUAGGAUACGAAAGAAAAAUGUGAAACAAGAAAAGUGUGACACUAGUUAUUUUGAUAGUGAUAGUGAUAAUGAUGAAGUAAGAAAAAAACCAAAAUGUCGUUCUGACGAUAUUGAUAAUGAUGAUAUGGAAGAAGAACCAGAAACGUUAAGUGCUGUUAUUGCACUUGAGCAAAAACAGACAGAAAUGGAACAUAAAGAAACAACAGACGAAUACGAUAGAAAGGAGACUGUACCAAAGAAACGCUAUAAAAAGAAUAAUUAUUUCAGUGACGAAGAGGAUUUUAGCGAAUAAUAUGUAUAUGAUAUGUAAUAAUGUAAAAUCUC